AUGCUUUUCAAAUAUCUCACCUCACGCUGUUCGCAGCGAUGGAGACUCUCUGUGCCCUCGGUUUCCAGACGCCUGAUAUCCUCUAAAACACCUGCCACGGCAUCAUUAAGUCGGCUGGAACCACAGCAACGCGUGGACUUGACUCAAUUUACCAACAAUGUCAGACGUGUGCGAGAUAGACUAAACCGCCCGCUCUCCUACGCCGAAAAAGUCCUCUACAGUCACUUGGACCCUGAGUUCGACGGUCCUAUCACCCGCGGCUCUUCCCAGCUCAAACUACGCCCUCGGCGAAUCGCCUGCCAAGAUGCCACGGCCCAGAUGGCUCUGAUCCAGUUCAUGUCCGCUGGGCUGGAAUCCUCCGCCGUCCCGACAACCGUGCACUGCGAUCAUCUCAUCGUCAGUCGGGAUGGCGAGGAACAUGACCUCCCUCGUGCCUUAGACGCUCAUCGCGAGGUAUACGAGUUCAUGGAAAGCGCGUGUCAGAAAUAUAACAUGGGGUUCUGGAGGCCUGGCGCGGGUAUCAUUCAUCAAAUCGUCCUGGAAAAUUAUGCCUUCCCUGGCGGAAUGAUGGUGGGUACGGACUCUCAUACGCCGAAUGCAGGUGGCUUGGGCAUGCUGGCUAUCGGUGUUGGUGGUGCUGAUGCGGUCGAUGUUAUGGCUGGUCUGCCGUUGGAGAUGACGGCCCCGAAGCUGUUGGGCGUGCGGUUGACAGGCGAGCUGAAUGGCUGGGCUUCGCCGAAGGAUAUCAUUAACACUGUGGCUGGAAUGAUCACUGUGAAAGGCGGCACAGGAUAUGUCAUCGAGUACUUUGGUCCUGGGACUCAGACCCUGUCGGCUACCGGCAUGGCGACGGUAUGCAAUAUGGGAGCCGAGACGGGCGCGACUACGUCUAUUUUCCCGUAUGCGCCGGCCAUGUCGCAGUAUUUGCGGGUGAAUAACCGCGAUGAUAUGGCAGCAGCGGUGGAAAGUGUGUCGUUUGAGCUGAUUGCCGACCCAGGGGUGGAAUACGACCAGGUCAUUCACAUUGACUUGUCGACGUUGGAGCCAUGCAUUAAUGGACCUUUCACCCCUGAUCUGUCCACUCCGAUGUCUGGUUUUAGCGCAGCCGUGGAAAGAGAACAGUGGCCGGGCCAAUUGACCGCUGGCUUGAUCGGAUCCUGCACAAACUCAUCGUUCGAAGACAUGAGCAAAGCGGCGAAUCUCGCGCAACAGGCCUUGGACGCAGGGCUGAAACCGACCAUGCCCUUGCUCAUCUCGCCAGGUAGCCUGCAAACCCGCAAGACCCUCCAAGAAGCGGGUAUUCUGCAGGUGUUUGAAGAUCUCGGAGCCACAAUGCUGCCGAAUGCCUGUGGUCCUUGCUGCGGAUCUUGGGACAGGACUGACAUGCCGAAGGGAACCAAGAACUCCAUAAUCACCUCCUACAAUCGCAAUUUUUCCGGCCGUCUAGACUCCAACCCGGCGACCAGCGUCUUCCUCGCCUCGCCUGAGAUCGUCAUGAGCAAAGUCUUCUCCUCCGACCUCUCAUUCAACCCGACCCUCGACUCUUUGCUCACUCCUUCCGACGAGGAAUUUCGCUUCUCCCCACCAACAGUAGAUUCCUUCUCCUCAGCAACCCAUCAAACCUCCGACUCAGCCUACCUACCCCCACCAUCAGGAGGCCGCAGCAAUCUGGAAGUGCAAAUCAACCCGUCCUCGCAGCGUCUGCAAAAGCUCGUCCCCUUCCCUCCCUGGUCCGGACAGGAUUUCGAAAACUGCCUCAUCCUGAUCAAAACAGUCGGGAAAUGUACCACGGAUCACAUCACCCCGGCAGGGCCCUGGUUUCGCUACCGUGGCCAUCUGGAGAACAUCUCGAAUAACACGCUCAUUGGCGCCGUGAACGCCGAAACUCAGAAGGUUAAUACCGUCCGGAAUCAACUCACGGGUCGAGACGGAGACGUCCCAGCAACGGCACGAUACUAUCAAUCCCAAUCCGUUCCCUGGGUUAUCAUCGCUGAUCAUAAUUACGGGGAGGGGUCGUCGCGCGAGCAUGCUGCUCUGCAGCCGCGGUAUCUUGGUGGGGUGGCGAUUAUUGCGAAGAGCUUUGCGAGGAUUCAUGAGGCGAAUUUGAAGAAGCAGGGGUUGUUGGCGUUGACUUUUGUGGAUGAGAGCGAUUAUGAUAGGAUCGGGGCUUCUGAUCGGGUCAGUAUUCUGGGGUUGGGAGGGUUGGAGCCGGGGAGGAAUUUGAUGUUGAGGGUCUGUCCGGUGGAGGGGGAGAUGUGGGAGACGGAGGUGAGGCAUUCGUUUACGGAGGAGCAGGUAAAGUACUUCAAGGCGGGGAGUGCGUUGAACUUGAUUUCUGGUAUGAACGAUGGUGAGGCUUGA